GUAACAAGUGUCAUUCACUAAAUUUUAAUUUCCUUGGAGAGAAAGGCCAUGGGCCGUAUCCCUUGCUAUUUAAUCAAAAAACAUUAUUAUAAAUGCAUGAAAAAAAAAAAUUCGAAACCUCUCUCUCUUCUCUCUGUUGUUUGCUCUGGCGUUUCUCCUUCGGAUAGGUGGAUUUUGUUGGAGAUGGGAAGACUAUUUGUGAUCGACCUCCAAGGAGAAACUUAUACCUGCAAGCAUUGUCACACUCCUUUCGCACUUAUCGAUGAUCUCAUCUCUAAGUCAUUUCACUGCAAGCAUGGAAGGGCUUAUCUUUUCGAAAAUGUUGUCAAUGUGACUAUUGGAGAGAUGGAGCAUCGUAUCAUGAUGACUGGUUGGCAUACUGUUGCUGACAUCUUCUGCGUUUCCUGUGGCUCUCUUGUUGGCUGGAAAUACGAAAUUGCAUACGAAAAGUCUCAGAAGUACAAGGAAGGAAAAUUCAUCAUUGAAAGGUUUAAAGUGCUUGGACCCGAUGGAGGCGGAUACGACAUGAACGAGGACGAGCCCAUGAUUGGAAGUGACGAAGAAUAAAAACGGGCUUCCCUUUUCUUUUAUACGAGGGCCUAUAGUUAUUGGAGAUAUUUGGUUAAGUGGUCAAUGCAAAAACUCCACAAUUUUUUCGGGUAAGCAUAAGUAAGUAAGAACCCAAAUAUUUAUAAACUUGAUUAUAAUGUUAGAAAUUUUGUUUUGAACCAUUUAAUCUCCAAUUCAGACACUAACUUUGGUAUAUGCAUGCUUCUACUUACAUGCCUCUUGUAACAAGAUCUAUAUAAUGAAAUAUAUAAAAUGAAUUUCCUUGCGA